GCGCUCCCACAAUCCUUUGCGGUGGUUCAAGAUGACGGCGCCCAGAGGUUCCAUGAGCGAUGAGGAGAGCAGCAGCGGCGGCAGCGAUGCAGAGGAGCUGGCGCGGUGCCGCGAGGCGGCGGUGCCGGCCUGGGGCGUGGGGCAGCGCCCGAGAGGCCCGGAGAAGAAAAGAGCCGGUAGGGGCUGGGUCCGAGCCGUCUGGCCGGAGGGCGUAGGCUCUUCCCCGGGGCCGAGAGGGUGGCUGGUGGGAAGGAGACUGGGGGACUCGACUUCUUUCCGAGAGCUCCAGGCACUGGAUGUGGGUCGUUUCAUGGUCCCAUUCGGGGAAACUGAGGCACCCGAAUGCCUCUUGACUCAGCUCCCUUGGGCGUCACACCGGGAGCCGCCGCCGCCCCGAAAUGACUGCGGCAGCCGCUUUCUGGACUCGCACCCACCCCUCCUCCGUCUGCAGCGCGUUUCCACGCCCCGGGGCUGCCGGGGAGCCUCCAACACACACUCCAUUACCAUCUCAGAAGCUGUGAAGGAACCAACAAAGGCUGAGGUACAGAAAGCCACCCCAGAGGAUGAUGGCUUCCGCCUCUUCUUCACCUCCGUCCCCGAAGGCCCUGAGGAGACAGCUGCUCCCCAGCCCCGCCGAAAGCGACUGCCUUCCCGCUCCAGCAGUGAGGACAGUGAUGAGGAGUGGCAGCGGUGCCAGGAGGCAGCUGUGUCAGCCUCUGCCAUUCUGCAGGAGUCCGCCAUCCAUGGUCCUGUCGAGGUGGAAAAAGAAGCAAAGAAGAAGAAAAGGAAGUUGAAAAAGAAAGCCAAGAAGGAGGCCAGCACGGACUUGACCACAGCCACCACCAUCACAAGCAAGGCCACAGCCGGGAAGCAGGGAAAGGAGUCAGCCAAGCUCAACGGAGACCUUGUGUCACUUGGAACCAAAAAGAAGAAAAGGAAGAAAAAGGCAAAGAGGGCCAUUGAGGCCUCCCCGUUCCCACUAUCAAAGAGCGCAGCAGCCGCGUCUGCACACUGACCAGGUGCAGGGCGGGCCCAGCUAGUCCCAGGGAUGAGGUGCCCACUGGGACGAGGCAUUUCCAGGUGCUGCCUCCCUCUCCACGUUCAGGGACUUGGCUGCAAGUCCAGACUCUGCCCAUGAACGGGGCUUGCCCAAGAGUCGGGGCAAAGCCUUGGUUGUAGAGUGAGAAGCCUCAGCAAGGCCUGCCUCCUGUGCUCCCACUGGGGCUGGGGCAGACGUGUGGUACCAGAACGUUCCGUGGUCCCGGAAGGAGCCUUCCAGCUAGUCAAGGCUGAUAGCUGAGCGGUGACACUUCCAUCUCCCCAGGGCUGUCGGAGGAGGUGAGUGAAGGGAGACCCACCCUCCUCCUCAGCCUGGUGUGGGAGACAGUCUUAAGAAAAUGAGGGAAGAGGUCCCUGAGGUGUCAAGGCCCAAAGAGUUUGUGCUUCUCCCCUAUGCCCUGUGACUGGAUAUAACAUUGUCUGAAAAAGAAGGAGAGAUUUCCCCCCUCAUUUUCCAGAAGUUUCUCUACAUUUGUGAACAUACCACGAUCAUAUCCCAACCAGAUUAUCGAAAAUUAAGGGUCAGACCCAGCACGGAACUGAUUGGGUGCUGCCUCCAGCAGUGCUGAAUGCUGAUGAGACAUUUUAAAUCAGCACCACACAGGAGGGUCCCUGCCCCUGCUGCAGGCUACGGAAGUGCCACAGGCCUUGUGGACUGGGCUUCAUGCACGAGGCCUAUUCAAGGAGCAGGAGGCCAAGGUUAAGAUAAAAUUCUGGCAUCGUCGCAUAGAUUCGGCAGAGCAAGAACGACAGGUGGCCCCUGAGAGUCUGCGUGUGCUGGACCCAUCUCUCCUCUGGCUCCUGGCCCACCUCCGCCUCCCUCUGCCUGCCCAACCCCAUUGGGUGAUGGGGGAGGGGGACAAGCAAGAAGUUUCCAGUAUGUUCCUCGUUUACUUUAUUAAAAGUUAAAUAAUGUA